GCAGGUGCGGGGAGGCGCCCAGGUGGGCUGUCUCUGAGUGUGAGCAAGCCCGAGUCCUGGACAGCCGCGCAGGUGCGGGGAGGCGCCCAGGUGGGCUGUCUCUGAGUGUGAGCAAGCCCGAGUCCUGGAUAGGCGCGCAGGUGCGGGGAGGCGCCCAGGUGGGCUGUCCCAGGCCAGAUUCCCAGGAAAGCUCUCGGGGGAGCGUCCGGAGUGACGAGGGACCCACCGGGACCCCACCAGGGGCCCCAGCCGAGCGCGCGCCGCCGAGGGUGGGGGUGGGGCCAGCGCCCCGGCCACCCGGUUACCCGGCAACAGGAUGCCCGGCGCGGGGCGGCGGAGCGGGUGCGUGCGGUGGCGGUUGCGAGAGAGACCCUGAGCCGCGGCGAUGAGCCCGGAAAAGCAGCCUCAGGAAGAGAAUGAAGUUGACUCCGUUCUCCUUUCAGCGUCCAAGAUCCUAAAUUCCGCGGAGGGGGUGAAGGAAAGUGUCGGCAGUGACACAGAAUAUGGCUGCAUAUCAGAAUCAGAAAAUCAAAUCCAACCACAAUCAGCAUUGAAAGUCCUUCAGCAUCAGUUGGAAUCAUUUCAGGCUUUGAGAAUGCAGACUUUGCAGAAUGUUAGCAUGGUACAGUCGGAAAUCAGUGAAAUAUUGAAUAAAAGUAUUAUUGAAGUAGAAAACCCACAGUUCAGCUCAGAAAAAAAUCUAGUGUUUGGCACGCACAUCGAAAAGGAUUUGCCUAUAGAGAAUCAAGAAGAAAACCUGUCUAUGGAGAAAAGUCCUCACUUCGAGGAUUCCAAGACACUUCAUUCAAUAGAAGAAAAAUUAAGUGGUGAUAGUGUGAGCAGUCUCUCUCAAAGUAUAGAUGUUCCAUCCCAGAGACAUUUCGAGGACACAUUAACUCUGAGAACUUCAACAGACAAUUUAUCUUCAAACAUGAUUAUACACCCUUCAGAAAAUUCUGACAUCUUGAAGAAUUAUAAUAACCUUUAUCGUUUUCUACCUACUGUACCUAAAAAUGGGAUGUCUCAAGCUGAUAGAGUAACACUGGAUAAAUCCAAAAUUACUGCGCCUUUUCUCAAACAUGGAUUUUGUGAAAAUUUAGAUGACAUUUGCCAUUCUAUCAAACACAUGAAAGAAGAGCUUCAAAAGUCACAUGACAGGGAAGUGGCACUUACAGAUGAACUUCAGAUUUUAAAAACUGAUCCACAUGUUCAAAGUAGCGGUAAAUACAACCUGUCACCUCUUCACCAGGAAAAAAUUGGCUUUAUUAAGGAAGAAAACGUGGAUGGGAAUUUAAAUGAAGAUACAAAAUCAAAGAGAAUUUCAGAAUUAGAGGCAUUAAUAAACAAAUUACUCCCACUCAGGGAAACAGUGUCAAAAUUCCAUGUGAAUUUUUGUAGAAAAUGUAAAAAAUUAUCUAAGAGUGAAAUACACAGGGGAAAGAAAAAUGAGAAAAACAAUAAAGAAAUUCCCAUCACUGGCAAGAAUGUCACAGAUUUAAAAUUCCAUUCCAGAGUUCCAAGAUACACACUGUCAUUCCUCGACCAAACAAAACAUGAAAUGAAAGACAAAGAAACACAACCAUUUCUAGUAAAACAAGGAUCAAUAAUAUUUCAAAAUGAGAAAACUUCCAAAGUUAAUUCUGUUACUGAGCAGUGUGUUGCAAAAAUUCAGUACUUACAGAAUUACCUGAAAGAAUCUGUGCAGAUACAGAAAAAAGUAACAGAACUGGAGAAUGAAAAUCUAAACCUUAAGUCCAAAAUGAAACCUCUUAUCUUUACCACACAAUCUCUCAUACAGAAAGUUGAAACAUAUGAAAAGCAACUUAAGAAUCUGGUUGAAGAAAAGAGUACUCUUCAGUCUAAAUUAAUUAAAACAGAAGAAGACAGCAAAGAGUGUCUUAAAGAAUUAAAAAAAAUAAUUAGUAAAUAUAAUGUUCUCCAAGGCCAAAAAAAAACCCUAGAAGAACAAAAUAUACAACUUUCUUUAGAGAAGCAACAAAUGAUCGAAGCAUUAGAUCAACUAAAAAGUAAGGAACACAAAACUCAAAGUGAUAUGGCCAUUGUCAAUAAGGAAAAUAAUCGAAUGAGUAUAGAAAUGGAAGCAAUGAAAACCAAUAUUCUGUUGAUACGAGAUGAAAAAGAAAUGUUGGACAAAAAAACACACCAGCUUCUAAAAGAAAAAAGCUCACUCGAAAACAAACUAAAAGAAAACCAGCUAGAGAUGAUGCAGCUAAAAGAGAAAGAAAGAUUGGCCAAAACGGAGCAAGAGACACUUCUUCAAAUAAUAGAAACCGUUAAAGAUGAAAAACUUCACCUUGAAACAGCAUUACAAGAAUCUACUGCUGCCAGACAAAUUAUGGAAAGAGAAAUUGAGACGAUUCAAACCUACCAAUCUACUGCAGAGGAGAAUUUUCUGCAAGAAAUAAAAACUGCAAAAUCAGAAGCAAGUAUUUAUAAGAAUAGCUUGUCAGAAAUUGGCAAGGAAUGUGAAAUGUUAUCAAAAAUGGUAAUGGAAAUGAAAACGGAUAAUCAGAUUCUAAAAGAAGAACUAAAGAAACAUAGCCAAGAAAAUAUAAAAUUUGAAAACAGCAUCAGUAGACUUACCGAAGACAAAAUACUUUUAGAAAAUUAUGUAAGAAGCAUAGAAAAUGAAAGGGAUACUUUGGAAUUUGAGAUGCGGAAUCUUCAACGAGGCUAUUUAAGUUUAAGUGAUAAAAUGUGUAGUCAGCAUAAUGGCCCUUCAAAAACAACUUAUAUUUCAAGAAGAGAGAAAUUCCAUUUUGACAACUAUACUCAUGAAGACACUUCCAGUCCUCGGAGCAGGCCAUUGGCUCCAGAUCUGAAAGAGAACACACUGAGACUGGGUUCCGGGAUCCGGGGAGGCUCAGCUUGCUCCCCGGUGGGCAGUGUUCUUCCAGGCUGUUGGUCCCUCACUCACCCAAGAAUGGGAGAGGUGACCACAACGGUCGCGGUUAUCUCAACGUUAAAGACAGAACUCUCAGGCAUCAUUAGGAUUCCUCACAACUGCUAAGAAACUCCCUUUGAGAAAUAGCCAAUGUUCACAUGUACUGCUAACUGAACUAGUCUCAAAUGACUCACACUAAGGCGCUACAGAUUUGCUUUAAAAAUUAUGCACAGAAUGGUUUGGUGCAGAUAAGUUAGGCUUUUUCAGCUGAGAAUUUCCGAAGAUGAGAGAGAACUUCUACCAGGGAGGGCAGGUGCCUGCACAUGGAAGGAGCUGAGAUGUCUAAAGUCACCCAAACUUGUCAUUUUAAAAAGCAUGUAUAAAUAAAAGACACUAUUUUGAAAAG